UACCUUCUACCAACAUCGUGUGGACCUCCGACUACUCGAUCUCGACGACGGGCUGGGAGCUAUGCCCUGUCCAGCCCUUCGUGUGUGGAGAGCUCGGGUCCGAUGCUUGCCCCACUGGAUACUACAAGGUCGCUUCAGCUGAGAUUUGCGAGGAGUUCGUGGGCUCUGGUUUGACAUGUGUUUCGGCCAUGCCGUCCGCCUGGGGAGGCACUGGACUUUGGACGUUCGGCCCAAGUCGCUGUUUCCAAGAAGCCGAUGGUCAGGUGUAUUUCAACGACAACGGUGAUACAAAAUCAGAUGCGUCUGUAUUCCUCGUCUGUCAAAUGUUAGAAUGCGAGGGCGAUCUGCGGCUAUCUGGGAGCGAGCUAUCGCAUCCUGAGCCGAUGGGCUUGUACACCAAGACAGCUUCGGCGACCGGAGACCGUCCAAUAUACAAGUCCGAGUCCGGCCAGUUCUACAUCUUCUAUGGGCAGGAGUUUGACGCAUGGCGGAUUGGCCACAGCUACUCCAGUACAUGGGCACUAUUUGCGUCGAUGGAUGGAGACUCGCCACCUUGCCCGAACCACGUGGCGGCGUGGUAUGCGUUCAACGGAACUGUGUUUCAGCCCGUGCCCGACGUGACGCUGUUGGCGCAGGCCGCUCCGACCUCGGAACCGACUGCCGCACCCACGGCGGCACCGACGGCCUCGCCGACGGCGGCGCCGACCUCGCCGACGGAGGUCGUGCCCGCACCACCGACGCCGUUCCCAAGCACAACAUACGUUUUUUGCAAUGACAUGGAUGAUGGGGCGUUGGAUUCGCAUGGGGAUGACUGCUUGUGGUGGGCCGCCAAUGCAGAACUCUGCCAGUACAGCUUUAUUUACGACGACGGGGAUUUCAGUGCGACCGAUAUGUGCUGUGCUUGCAAAGAUAUCCCAGACUGCAGCGAAUCCAUCGAUGGUGGUGGCUGGGUUUUAGUCCGGCACACUGCUGGGAGCGGGAAUUGGGGCCCUUUCACGGACGGCCUGAUGGGGACUGACGUAUUAGAGGUUGGGAACGGCGCAGCUGCAGGGACGGCGCUCGAUUCUCAGCAUUGGACGCUCCAGUGGGACACACACAGCGUGGACCAGUUCCUCUUCGCCACUGCAGACUGCCAAAAAUGGCUCAUCGCAAGCCGUGGGGCAGUGGGAGGAAGCAUCACUGGAGAGUACUACUACAACGGAACACGGACCAUCAACAGAUCCUCGUCCUCGAAUACGUCUUACAGCGCCGCGUGGCACAACAGAGAAGGCUUCCAGCAGGAUCCGUGGAUCUCAUUAGGUGAUGUCCCACAGGGGGUGUUGUACGCCGAAGACUCCUCUGACCUGCAUGUUGCCGACAAGAACGCGCACUUUGGAACAAACGUGUACGUGCGUUCAGGUUCUUCCAUCGCUCAUUACAACGGGUAUUACGAGGUGUGGUCUGACCUAGUAUUGCAAACCGGGCAAACCUUGAUCAUUUUCGCAGAUGGCACUGCCAUGGUUCCCAACAUCUUUACCGACUCUCUCCGUUUCGACGCUGGUGUGCAGCUGUAUUGCAGCCACGACGCAGACGCUACCAUGUAUAUUAUCCAUGGCGGAUGAACACUCAUGGCACUGGCCGGUUUGAGUGUCUCCAUGCUGACGGCACGACACUCGCAGGAAAUCGUUAUUUGGCCAAUGGCGAAUUUUCCAGCACUGUCGAGUAUCGUUUGAUAGGUGCACUUGCUGUGGCCGCAACCUUGUGCAAUGACACAGAUGGCAGCGCGAUCAAUUCAAACGGAGACGGUUGCACAUGGUACGAAGACAACGUGCAGUAUUGUGGGCACCUCGACGACGCCGAUUUCACCUCCAGCCACAUGUGCUGUGCCUGCGGCGGUGGUAGUGGCCGCACAGAGUCUGUCUGCAGAGAUAAUCUUGGAGCGGUCAGUGGCUUUGCUUGGUCUGACGGGACGAACGGUUGCGACGCCUAUGCUACCAAUGCUGGAUGGUGCAGCUUAUAUGGUCACAUCGCAUUCAGUCUACAGGGCAAAGCGAACUGGGCCUGCUGUGCUUGCGGUGGCGGAGUGGUUUACAACGAGGC